AUGGCAAGAGCAAAUAAUGCGUUCAAGAUAGCGGCCACCACAAUCAACUUGAUUGUUUUCGUCCUAGUUCUAGUCUUCAAUUACGUCUCCACAGAUCCGAAAGAUGGUCCUUUGAACUGGCUGUUUGGAAAUGCAACAACGGGUGAAGUGUCGGGCAAGUACUACAUCGAAAUCACACCAGCAGGCUGGGCAUUUUCCAUCUGGGGUUUGAUCUACGCUUGGCAAGGCGCGUGGAUCAUCUACUCGUUGACUCUUCUCUGCAGAAAGAACGCCCCGGAGGUAAUUUCGCCUGUCCUCCAUGUGUUUUAUUCGCUCGCCAGUGUGACGAACAUUUGUUGGAUAGUAAUCUGGAGCCACGAGUGGAUUCAGGUCUGCGUGUUCCUACUCUUCGCCACGUCGUUCUUCCUUUACGCAACCUUGACAAGAUCAUAUAUGACCCUCAAUCUAUCAACGAAAGGAGUUCCAAGAGGCGACAGCAUCGCCACACAAAUCCUUGUAAACAACGGUAUCGCGCUAUAUGCGACCUGGUGCACGAUUGCAUCUCUUCUUAACCUUGCAAUGGCGAUUACUUACUUUCACGGCGUCGAUCAAGAUGUUGCCUCCACUAUCUCGCUCGUGAUUCUCGCUUUGGAGGUUAUCGUGUGGUUUUCGCUAGAAAACACUAUCUUGGACAAGUAUGUGAGGAAUACUCUUAGCGUCUAUCCUGUCGUCAUCUGGGCCCUCUCAGCAAGCAUCUCCAAAAACUGGGAUCCAGCGAAGAGAAAUUCCGUCAUUUCGGUGGUCUUGCUGGCUGUGUCCUGUACUNACAGCAUUGCCACACAAAUCCUUGUAAACAACGGUAUCGCGCUAUAUGCGACCUGGUGCACGAUUGCAUCUCUUCUUAACCUUGCAAUGGCGAUUACUUACUUUCACGGCGUCGAUCAAGAUGUUGCCUCCACUAUCUCGCUCGUGAUUCUCGCUUUGGAGGUUAUCGUGUGGUUUUCGCUAGAAAACACUAUCUUGGACAAGUAUGUGAGGAAUACUCUUAGCGUCUAUCCUGUCGUCAUCUGGGCCCUCUCAGCAAGCAUCUCCAAAAACUGGGAUCCAGCGAAGAGAAAUUCCGUCAUUUCGGUGGUCUUGCUGGCUGUGUCCUGUACUUUGUUAGUCGUCCGUAUUGUCAUUGUGGUAUGGAGAGGAAAGAAGCAAAAACGGCAAGAUGUAAACGGUUCAAAAAUGUUCUUGACUUAA